CUGCAGGCACCCUCGCUCAUCACUUCGUGAGGAAGGAGUCGGGAAGAUUCUCCGGGGUCAGGAAGAAGCAGGUUCCAGUCCACAUUGGAGAAAUGAGUAAAAACAACAAACAGUUGAGGGAGUCUCGGGGUUUGGAAGUAGAGUUAAUAAAGAACCUCCAACAAAAAGUUUACUUUCUUGAACUGGAAGCAACAUUUCUUCGAGAAAAAGCAAGGAAAGCAGCUGAACUGCAGCCUCAGAUCACCUCAGAAGCAGAGCACAUGCUGAGAAGCUUACAGGAACUUCAGUCACAGUCUGAUGGUCUUCAUAUUGAAUUAAUGAGAAAGGAAGGAAACAUCAAUAUAUUACAGACUGAUAGAGAAAAAAUAAGUGCUGAGAUUCAAGCUAUAGAUGAUGGCCAUUUGAAGGAUAAACAGGCUCUUAUAAAGGAGAUAGUACAGCUGAAGAGGUUGAAAGAGCAUGCAGACAGACAGGUUUCUCAGAAGGAAAUCGAGAUACUGAAGACUAGGCAGGAGAUAGAGCAACAGCUGACAAAACUCAAAAGCAGUGAAUUUAGAGUCACUUUACUGGAGCAUGAGCUGCAGCAGAGAGAAGAUCAGCACAAGACAGUAGAGAUGCAUCUGUCAGAGAAGAGAGUGGAGUUGCAGAAGGUGCACUCAGCAGUGCAUGAAAUGGAAGAGAAGCACUUCUCGAACACAGUUACUAUGCAAGACCACAUCACAAAAGAACUGAGAGAUGAGAUAUGUUUUCUCCAUCAAGAGCAGCGAGAGAGAGAUCUGAGAGCAGAACGGAACAGAUUGCUGAGGCAGAAAAUGUCUGCAGACUGUGAGACCCUGGCCAAAGAAAAUUCGGAGUUACGCUCUCGACUUGCAGAGCUGUCCAGACAGCUGGAUAAGGAAAGGGCUCUGAUGGGGGAGAGCGUCUCUCAGCAUUCCCAUUCCCUCGUCCAGCUCCUCUCAGUGAAGGACAGCGAGAAGCAGCUACAGCAUCAGCUGAAACAACAGAAGGAAAUUCUGGAUGGAGAGAAAGUUAAACACAAGGAAAUUAUGGACAAGAUCCUCCUCCUGGAGCAGGGGAGGACCUCUGCAGAGCUGAGCGGAGCUACAGUGAGCAGCCGACGGGCUGAAAUGGAGGCCCUGCUGGCUAAAGAGGAGCGAGAGAACGUGAAUCUUCGAAGGGACAAAGCCCUGCUAGUGGAUCUUAUUUCCAGCCUUCAACAAAAACUCAUUGCAAAGGACAGCGAGCUGGCACAGAUAUCCUCCAGAAUUGAGAUAUAUCACAAGGACAUCUCAACUCUGAAGUCCCUACAGCUCAGUGAAGAGAAGACGGCUUUAAACAGACACCAGCCUGUCAGAAAAAUGACAGACUCUUUAGUACAGUACUGAGAGUAGUGUGUGUUGUUUUUUCAAAGUACUGAUUUUUAUCUUCAGUUCAGAAGGAAUUUAAUUAGGAGCAGUUAUAGUGGAUGUAUUAAUUAAAAAGAAUGGUAGAUGUGUUUGAAACUUUUAAGAGUUUGUGAUCAUGGUAUCAACUUAAAUAAAUUUGUCUGAUGAGUAUUGUCA